GGAAGGUACGUCUAAUAGGUACAUGAAUUAGGUAUAUGUAGGUAAUCGCAAAGCUUAGGCCACCUGAAAAUGACUUAGGACGACUUAUUAUCCGACUUACUAUGUACAACAGAUAAACGUCAGAAAAUAAACGUUGGAAAUAUUUUGUAGCAACUUGCUAACCUAGGUUAAACCAUUCAUAUUCAUUUUUCAAAACUUAGCCAAAAGUAUACCAGGGUAGCUCGCGAUCUGCUUCCGUGUGCACCCUAGAGCUUUUAUAGGUGGUAUAUAUGACGAGACUCUACACGUUACACCACCAUAAAACCACCUCAUAUUCUGCCAUCUACUAAUAAUAGUCUGUGCCGCGCCUAAUGUAUAACCGGUACACGCGCCCUUUGCUUUACUACGCGAAGACUGCCGCUAAGGCACCACAAGUUGCGAGCAAACCCGUCGGGGCGACACGCCGAGGCGCACAGGCGGUUGCAACCUCUCGCCGGUGCUCACUCCUGUAUCAGGAUCAGGGUCAGGAUCAGGGUCAGGGUCGCCGAACUUUCACGACUUCAGCAGCAGUCAUGGCAAGCCCCGCGAAUUCCCAAGCUGCUCCCCAGUUCUCGGCUGGCGUCGACGAGCCGGCUCUAACGCGGACGCUAGAGACUUUGCUGGCAUCAGCAGGGCAUGGCGGUCGGUGGGUACUGAUCGCUAGCGGCGAGGGUCUGGAGAGGAGCUUCAAGUUCAAGACGUUUGCGAAGACGUGGGACUUUAUGACUGCAGUAUCACUGCAGUGCAAGCUCAAAAACCAUCACCCGGAAUGGUCCAACGUCUAUAAUACGACGUAUAUCCGGUGGACAACGCACAAUCCGAAGGGCCUAUCCGCCAAGGACGUCGAGCUAGCUGCGAUUUGCGACAGCCUCGCUAGUGACUUUGGUGAGAUUAUUGAGGAGACUGAUAGCUGCGAGCUAAAACGGGUGGCUGACCGUGCUGUCACCAACGCGGGUGAUUGUUGUACUCCUAAGAAAUAAAGAACAAAAUAGAGAUCAUGAAGCUCCGAGAUAUCAGGCCAUAACGGAAAAUAGACAUCCUUGGGACCUUUUAUCUGUAUGACCAUGACUAACUUCAGGUUGGCUGAUCCAGGUCAACGGGUUAGAUAUAGUAUAUAAUACAACUAGGCGGCUUACUAUAAGCAGUCAUAUCAGAAGCGAAGAAAUUUACGAAUGGGCACGAGCACAACUUCA